AUGGCGUCGCAUCGUGGCAUUCUGCAGAGGGCCGGUCUCCUCCCCUUCCAUUGCCAGAUCGUCAACUCUCUGGUUCCCAGCCAAGAUGACAGCCCGGACGAGGGUGAUGCCCUGGUCAUCAUCGCAAGAGGUCUAGGCCUUCGCAGGAUCGUCAGCACGAUCCUACGGAUAUACGACUCGCCCAAUAGCCUUGUUAUUCUGGUUAAUGCUACGUCCGAGGAAGAGAGCGGUAUCGGCGAGGAACUGACGACGCUUGGUGUCCGAAAGCCCGGGCUUCGUGCCAUUCACCACGAAAUGCCAGCGAAGCAAAGAUCCGAGAUGUAUCUCUCCGGCGGCAUCAUGAGCGUCACAUCGCGUAUCUUGGUGGUGGAUAUGUUGAGCAAGAGGAUACCGACUGGCUUGAUCACUGGACUGGUGGUGCUGCAUGCUGAGAAGGUCACGCCAACCUCGGUCGAAGCAUUCAUCGCAAGGAUCUAUCGUCAAGAGAACAAAGAAGGGUUUCUCAAGGCAUUCUCUGACAAUCCAGAACACUUCACGAUGGGCAUCAGCCCACUUCAGACAGUUCUGAGCCAGCUGCAUGUCAGGAAGGUGGAGCUUUGGCCACGUUUUCAUCAACAAACGAGCAAAGACCUUGGUCAACGCAAGGCAGACGUCAUCGAGCUCCAUCAACCUCUGAGUCGAUCGAUGCGCAACAUUCAGACAGCCAUCAUUGAGUGUCUCGACGCAUCUCUCUCCGAGCUCAAACGAGGCAACUCAAAUGUCGAGACGGACGACUUUUCCAUCGAGCAUGCCAUCUUCAGAGCCUUCGAUGUCAUGGUACGGAGGCAGCUAGAUCCCAUCUGGCAUCGAGUCAGUCCCAAGACGAAGCAGCUUGUGGGCGAUCUAACGACACUCCGCAACUUGCUCAACUAUCUCUUGACGUAUGACUGCGUGACGUUCAACUCUUAUUUAGAGACGAUACUGGCAUCAAGUACGACAACACUGAAGGGAACAACCCGACAGAAUCAGUCUGCAUGGCUCUUCAUGGAUGCAGCAAAUGUCAUUUUUCACGAGGCGAAGAAGAGAGCGUACAUCUGGGACGAUGCUCGAGAUCAGCAAGUGCCAACCACAGGCCCAGGAGAACAAGAAUACGCAGAUGAUGAGGAGGCGUUACGGCAAGCAGAAGCUGGACACACGGUCCAAUCGGACAGUCGUGCUGAGGGCCCAAUACCUCCAGAGGUCGAGCCCGUGCUUGAGGAGAACCCGAAGUGGCACCUGCUGCAGGAAGUCCUAGACGAGGUCGAGCAGGAGAUUCACUUCAAUAUUGAUGCAUCUGAUUCAGGAGCAGCCAACACGAUCCUGAUUAUGUGUGGGUCCGAGAGGACAAGCAUGCAGCUGCGUCAGAUUAUAUCGACGAUGGACGAGUGUCCCCCCGGUCAGCCAGGCAAGAAGCUGAUGCAUCAGCUGCUGCGAUCCUAUUUCUUUUGGAAAGGCGGUCUCGGAAAGCUGAACGCUGACCAGAGAGAGGGUCAAGGAAAUCAACAGCCAGGGUCGUCUACGAACGCAGCACAGGGAUCCUCCCCACAGUCUGGACCAAUCAACGAAGCGCUUAAGAGGAAAUUGGCAUAUCAAAAGGGUCAGCAGUCUGCUGCAAACAAGAGAAGGCGACAGCGUGGCGGUUCCUCUGCGCAGCAUGCGGCAGGAAGGUUCAGCAGUGCCACGGAUGCUGCUGGGCAAGCGAGCCUUCAUGCCGAGGCUGCGCAUGUCUCCGACUUUAUCGCAUCUGCAGCGGCAAGCGGCGAAAACGGCUCGUCCACGCUAGAAGCGCCCAUCGAUGCGGAACAGAUCUCUGACGAGAUCGAUGAGGUUGAAUUCGACGCUUUCUUCGGAAUGCUCAGCAUGGAGAAUCUCGUUGUAGUCCGCUCUUACCGCGGUGACCAAGACGACAAAGUCCUACAAGAGCUUCGACCACGCUUCGUCAUCAUGUACGACCCAGACCCAGCAUUUGUGCGUCGGGUCGAGAUCUACCGCAGUACAAACCCUGGUGUGGGUGUGCGAGUAUAUUUCCUCAUCUACGCCGACUCGGUGGAAGAACAACGAUAUCUCAGCGCACUGCGAAGGGAAAAGGAAUCUUUCGAGAGACUCAUCCGAGAGAAGUCCAUGAUGGCGCUUCCACUUUCAGCAGAUGGUCGACCAAUCGCCGAAGAUGCUGAUCAACGCUUCUUGCGGACGAUCAGCAGCAGAGUAGCAGGCGGACAGCGAUCAGCCACAGCGGAGCCGCCUCGAAUCAUUGUGGAUAUGCGAGAAUUUCGAUCGAGCUUGCCGUCUAUGCUGCAUGCGGCAGACAUCCAGGUGAUUCCCUGUACUCUGCAGGUGGGUGAUUACGUCCUGACACCAACUAUGUGUGUCGAGCGCAAGAGUCUUAGCGACUUGAUACAGAGUUUUAACUCUGGACGUUUGUACACUCAGUGCGAGCUUAUGUGUGUCUAUUACCAACACCCCAUCCUUCUGAUCGAAUUCGACCAGGACAAGUCCUUCUCGCUCAAAUCGAUCAACGACGUCAAGCCGAGCGGACGCACAGCUCCGUCAGAGCUCGACAUGCAAGCCAAGCUCGUCUUGCUUACGUUAGCAUUCCCGAGACUGCGCAUGAUUUGGUCGAGCUCUCCGUUUGCGACCUCGGAGAUAUUCGCUGAUCUCAAGCAGAAUUUCGACGAGCCAGACGCGGCGAAGGUGGCCUUGGUAGGUCUGGAUGAUAUGCUAGAAGCUGAAGGUAGCACUACUAGCGAGAUGGUCAGGCGCACAGAUUGGCAGUCGUCGAGCGAACACUCGUUCAAUUUAGGACCGCAAGAUCUGCUUCGUGCUUUGCCAGGAGUCAACACUAAGAACUUCCGCUACAUCAUGAGUCAGGUACGUGACAUUUCUGACCUAUGCGAGAUGUCUGCGGAAGAUCUGAGUGAAUUGAUAGGCGUGCAACCGGCUCGGCAGCUUACACGCUUCAUCGAGAGAGGCCUUUGA